CAGUGCCCGCCGCACCUGGACGCCGUGCCCAAGCGCGACAUGGUGCAGCUCUACUGCGACACGCUGCUGCGCGGCUGCAAGGCAGAGGAUGCUGGAGAUGCAAUGAGCAAAUACCUUGUGGAAAAACUGAAGAUGAAAGAAAACAACUGGCUUGGAAUCUGGAAGGCUAAUCCAGACCUAUUCUUCGUUAAUUCAGAAGAUUUAAUUAUACCUUCUGUUGGAAUACUUGUUGAGGUUACCUGGAAAUCACCUCAGAGUUCAUCAUCUCAGAUCAAAGCCUCUGUAUCUGUCGUUGAACCAUUUGCUUCUAAUGUUGCAAAUAUGCCAAGAGAAUUGGUAGAUAAUGUUUUGGAGGAGUUGGACCAUUGCGUCCCUUUGCUGGAGAUCUACCCUGUAGAGGGACAGGACAACACAGUGAUUGAAAUUGCUCAGGCUUUGGAUAUUGUGAGAUUCUUCUAUGAUUUCAUUUGGAGGGACUGGGAUGCUGAUGAAAGUUGUGAGACAUAUGCAGCUCUGGUAGAAGAAAGAAUUAAACUUUGGUGUGAUAUUCAGAAUGGAACUAUUCCUGCUCCACUGGGUCACCGUUUCAAAAAACAUCUGGAGAAGUAUAAAAUUUUGCGUCUGGAAUUGAUUCAGUAUCAAAGCAACAUUGAAGAAGAACCCACAGAAGAAGAAGUUGUAGAGUGCUGGAAAAAGUACUAUGAACUAGUAAUGCUGUGUGGAUUGCUGAAGAUCUGGGAGGACCUGCGCCUCAGAGCCCAUGGACCUUUGACCCCAAGGAUACUAAGGCGCAGGAAAGGGUACAGAGAUGAUAGGAAAACUGUAACUCAUACUGUAGCUAAAACUAUGACAGCUGAAAUGGUUAAGAACUUUUGUCUGGAUGCUCCACUUCAGCAUCAUGAGAAUCUAAAUGCGGCAUUAGAAAGCUGCUAUAGUGGGGACACUGUCGUUAUUUUUCCAGGAGAAUAUAAGGCUGUAAGCUUAUCCAUGUUAACUGAAGACAUUACUAUUAAAGGAACUGGAAAGGCAGAAGAAACCAGGAUUGUUUCAGAACCAACUCAUGAUAGCUUUGUGAUAUCCAAAGCUCAAGAUAUAAAAUUAAUGCACCUUACACUGGUGCAGCAGGGCACAGUUGAUGGCAUCGUGGUUGUUGAAUCUGGCCACAUGACRAUAGCAAAUUGCGUGUUGAAGUGUGAGGGAACGGGAGUCUGUGUGCUCACCGGGGCCUCUCUGACCGUGACAGACAGUGAGAUUACUGGAGCUCAGGGUGCUGGUGUUGAGCUGUACCCAGGGAGCACAGCACUAUUAGAAGGCAACAAAAUUCAUCACUGCAAUAAUACCAGAGCCAGUGAGACCUCACCUUGUAGCCUGGGUGGCAUUAAUAUUAAGGUUAUUCCUUUCCCCAAACUGAAGAUGAAAAAUAAUCACAUUUUUAGCAACAGAGGCCAUGGAGUCACCAUUGUUCAGCCUGCUGAAAUACCUGCAUCAGCAGAAGGGGUCGGGGAACUUACUGCCUCAGGCGACGCGGACGAAACGCUCUCCAAGUUAAUGCAGGAUUUACGUUUGGAGAAGAACACGAAUACACUUGAUGACGUCAAAGAUAUCGCUGUAGUUCGUAGCUAGAYGUCCAAGAGUCAAGUGGCAUUUAGCUUUAACAAUUUCAAUUAAAGAAACAGUGUUUCACAUUUA